UUUUCAGGAACCGUCGAGCCGCUCAAUAGUUUUGCGCUUUCGAUGUACCUUUGAAGGCACUGCAAUAUGUCAGAAAAUUCCCUUUUUAAGCCAGAAGGAUACUACCGAACCCAGAUCAGAAUGAUCCUACGCAUCUCAUCACCACUAAGGCCAAGGAUUGCACGUCAUUUUAACCCGACAGAUGGGUGAGCUUGGCGUGGCUCGGCCCCAUCCAAGGCGUCCGAGGUAAGAACAAGAACCCCGAGCAGCUCAAUUUCCUGAACGGGAAAGGAAAUUUCUUGGGUGCACAUUGGGGGGUCGUGUUUUCAAUAAUAUGGACCGCGUGAAAACUAUCAAAGGCCGAAUGGUCUACGCCCGUCUCAAGACAAGGUCAAAGCCUUCUUGCAGCCAUUCGCGGAGAGUGGCCAGAUGGUUGGUGCGGAGGGCAUCAAGGCAUUCUUUGAGAAGCUGAGGGGUGAUGCUGAUGCUAUCAAAGAUGCUGCUGUGCGUCGUCAGCCGAAAAGAAGAAGGAUGGAGAUGGAGAUGGAGAUGGAGUUAGUGAUGGCAGCGGGAGGAAGGAGCAAAGUGGAUAUUGAGUUGGACCCCGUAGGUAUGUCAACUGAAAAGCGGCAGGGAGAUUGGCUAGUCUAGUUGGGGAGAUGUUUUGGCAAUCCAGGAUAGCGGCAGAGCUGAUGUCGAAUCGAGAGAUGAUUGAUCAUGUCUAUGCGGUUAAUACAUCCAUUUCUCCUACUUUACUGAGUGCUCCACAUCAGCUGGAUUUAAGAUCGCCGCUGGCCGGGCCACGAAUAUUCUACAGCAGAGUUCCAGAAAUGUUAACAAAUUAGGAAUCGGAGCAAUGGUUCUGCUUAUUCCUCAUUCGCAUCAGUGCUCCUUUGAACCCCAGAAUUCCUCGCCGAAAACGACGCAGCCAUACUCGCUAC